UCUCCUCCUCUUUCGUGCCUCCAGCCAGGAGGCGGGGGUGACCCACAGCAGCUGACCCAACCCGGGCACUGCCUCUCCCACAGCCCUCAGGACACACCAUGGGCACAGAGGCGGGUUUGCGGCACAGUAGCGACUACGCAGGCGGCGGGCCCGGCGACUCUCAACUGCCUCCCUGACCACUGCGACCAUCACCCAAUAGCCCCGAGAAAGCCAUCGCCACCACCUACAGGAGAAUCUACGGACAGCUAAAUCACCUUCGCGAUCGACUCCAAGCUACGUCAACAACUAUGGCGGGCGAAGGGCGGAGGGAGGAGCCGGUAGGGGAACGAUGGGGGAUGUACGUCACCCCUAGAGCCCCCAUCCGGGAGGGAAGACACCGGUUUGCCCCUCAAAAUGGCGGCAGUGACGCGCCUGCGUAUGGAACGCCUCCGUCGCGCCAGGGCCGACGGGAAGUGAGGUUCUCAGAAGAGCCUCCAGAGGUGUACGGCGACUUCGAGCCCCGAGUGGCCAAAGAAAGGUCCCCGGUGGGAAAACGAACCCCGCUAGAAAAGUUCCGGCUGGAUUCUGCGAAAGAGGAAGUGAGAGAAAGCGUCUACAACCUUCGGUCUCGGCAGCGGAGGCAGCCGCGACCCCAGGAAGCCGAGGAGAUGAAGACGCGAAGGACUGUUCGCCUUCAGCUGCAGCAGUCUGUGCUACAGCCGUCUCCGGUGACGACCCGGAGAGGGUUACGCGACUCGCUGUCCUCUGAAGGUGAGGAUGUUGGAGAGGAUGAACCACCUUCCCAAACUGUUAUAAGCCAAACAGUCUCAAAGAAAACUGUCAGGAGAAUACAAGAGGCUCCAGUGGCAGGUGAAGAUCCUGUGAUUAGCCUAUGUAGACCCCCUCUAAGAAGCCUAAGUUCUGAUUCAACAUACAAAACAAAUGGAAAUACUAAAAUGAGUGAAUUAGGUUCGUUUAUCUCUAAUUCUUACAGGUUCUUAUCGAGGGUUUUGGUUAUUAGUAGAAUACAUGAGUACAUAUAUUCACAAACCCAGGUACUUUUUAUUUAGCCCUUGUUAAAUUCAUACUGUGGAGAGAAAGAUGUCAGCUUGCCAGUUGAAUUUUUUCCCUUGAUCUAGAAAAUGAAUUUGAGAUGUUUUUCAUAGAAAAUUCAGUGUCCAUUGCCAUGUUUGUUGAACUAAUUUAAAUUCUUCUCACUG